UUGGAGUGUGACGGUUUGGUUGGAGGACUUUGUGAUGACUCCUCCUCCUCUGGUACGGUCUGCCGCUCGCUGUCGGCUCCUCACCCGGUCUCCUCGGUGGCCUCCUGUGACUCCCAGUCUAAGUACCACUGCGACCUGGUUGCCCGAAACGGCGGCGACAUUUACCGCUACCCGAGCCCGCUGCACGCCGUGGCGGUCCAGAGCCCCGUCUUCCUGCAGAUGUUGGGUUACAGCGGUAUAAGAAGCGUUGAGGCUGGUGGUGAAUCUUCUCCUCUCUCAGCUCCUCUUGUGCCUCAGAGCUCCUCCUGGCCCGCCUCCACUUCUUCUUCUUCCUCCCAUAAGCGACUGGACGGCUACAUCUACGGUCUGCUGCAGCGGAGGACUCUGCCCGUCAGGACCAGCAGACCCAGGACCAGCAUCAGCACCGACCCGUCAAAGAGCGUCCUGAGGCAGGCCGGUCUCUGUGGGAGGUCUGCGUCCAGUUUAGGGACUCUGAGGGGGUCUGACUCCAAACCCUCCUGGUCGGCAGGAGGAGCACCAGGAGAAGGUAACGCCACCUCGUCUCCUGAGAGACACUGGUCCAUUGACGGUACACCUGAGGAGCAGGAGACCCAGAUGGCGGUUGACCCUGAUGGCGGCGUUGACACGGCGCAGAACAGCUUCAAGAUUAAUGACGGCGACUUGACCAGCUCUCCUCUCUGUGUCGGCUCGUCUGUCUCCAACUCUGAUACCAACGGUCUGCUGAGACAGAAGAGCAGAAGACUUCCUCCUCCCUUAGCGGCGUCUGAAGACGUCAGACCCAAAGAGAACUCCUCCCCCAAAGAGACCAAGCAGCCAUGUUGCUGUCCAGACCCAGAGACGCUCCUCAAAUCACCUUCAUCCGUUACUCCUCAGAACGGCCCGAAGACUCCACAACCGGGCCAGACUGAGAGGGUUGAUGACGUCGCCAGUCUAGGCUCCUCCUCCCAGAGUCAAGAUGAAGCAGGUGGAGCAGGAGGAGCAGGUGGAGCAGGAGGAGCAGGAGGAGCAGGUGGAGCAGGAGGAGCAGGAGGAGGAGCAGCAGGAGCAGCAGGAGGAGCAGGAGGAGGGACACACAUGGUUAAUGCCAGAAACAUUCCCGCCCAGCGGCAGAACGUCAAACUCCGCAAGGGUGGCAGCAAGAAUGUCAGGACUGUCAAGGUGAAGACCACGGCGCCGAUGAAGACGAGUCGGGCGUCUGACCACAACGAGCCUCCGUCAGACCGAAGAGGCGACGUGUCCCAUCACAGGUCCAGUUCUAGAAAGUCCCGGCUGCUGGAGGACGGAGGCGCCGUCAGUAUUAAAGCCUCCAAGAGAGCAGCCGGUGGUGCACACGCCGCGUCCAUCUCCAGGAUCAAACGCCUCCCUGAAUCCAUCCCAGAAGGCAGAGUUCUGGACAAACACGCCACGUCAACACUGAGCACAGUGCGCUCGGGUGCAUCCAGGCACCAUCACCAUGGAAACCACCAGCGCCAUCAUCAUCAUCACGGACGCGACCAGGUCGUGGUUGUUGCCAAACCAAAGCACAAGCGAAACGAUUACAGGCGGUUACGUGCCAUCAUGGAGGUACCGUAUGAUGAGGCGUUCAGGCGCGCUCAGCGGCGGCAGAGGAAGGAGCUGCUGAGCCAAUCUGCAGCCGGCGUGUACAUCCCCGCCGCCGAGCAGGCUAGCAGCCCGUACUCCUACGUGGCGGGAAGCGACUCCGAGUACUCGGCCGAGUGCGCAUCGCUCUUUCACUCCACCAUCGUGGACACCAGCGAGGACGACAGGUCCAACUACACCACCAACCGCUUCGGAGACAGCGAGUUCAGCGAGGAGGAGGACGUGGAGGAGAGCGACACCGAAGAGAGCGGCGGCGGGAUGGGAAGGGGGUGGAGCCAGUUGGGGGCAGCUGGGACGGCGGCGGGGCAGGAAAUGACUCCAGCGAAGGCGAAGGCCUUCGUCAAGAUCAAGGCCUCUCACAACCUGAAGAAGAAGAUCCUCCGGUUCAGGUCGGGUUCUCUCAAACUCAUGACCACCGUGUGAACCCCGCCAAACUGGACCAGAGCCAUAUCUUUAGGGGUGCCUUACCCGUGCACUUCUAGUGUACCAGAACCCAACCUGACCGGUGCUGCCCGGUACGCUGAUGUGUCAACUAUCCCAGAGCCUCUUCGGCCUAAGAGACGGCGCCACGCCAGUCGGCCAUCUUUAUUAAAGCAUGUGUGACAUUUAUCAAGACAACAAGUCUUAGUUCAGCGUCUCCGUCACGUCUCGUUUCUCUUUAGUUGUUAGUCAGGAGGGACGUUUGGCGCCUGUAUGAAGCUUAAAUGCUCAAAGUGGAACAAGGAGGCAUCUUGAGGUGUGUAUUUGUGUUGCAACGGUUACAUAAGUUACUUGAUCUGCCACCGUGUCAUCUCAUCAACUUCCUGCGUCUAUAUUUACCCUCACGUGGACCGUGUGGGGGGUUUCGGUUUCUCAACAUGGAAAUCUGAGGACGCCACUUAAAGUUCAAGUGGUUCAGCUGGUGAGAAAGCCGCCGCAGCACUAGCUGGUUCACGUGGACAGAGGGUAAACAACCGUCAACGCCAAAUCUAGCGUGAAGUUCCUCUCAUGUGACCCUGCUGCUCAAACACUGAACUAGUUUCACUGAAACAUGUUUUAUAAACACCACAUGAGGUUUUCCUUAAGUCAUAAACCGGUGGUUGUGGAUCAGACUAGUUCAUCUGGUUCUCACAAGUUAUACUCCCCCCCCCCCCCCCCCCCCCCCUCGACUUCCUGGUCCAACAAGUGCCUCAGCUGGCGAACAUCCUGGUCCCUGAUGUGAAAGCAGCCUUAAUGUGUCCAGAAGGUUGUCAGAAGUCUCCUCAGACGUUUCUGCGUUGUGUUGAGGGUUGAGGUUUCUUCACUUUGAGACAAACUGUCAUUGGACGGGACGGACGGUGGAACCCUGUUGAUCUGUUGUUUUUUACGUCGCCUUGUUUUAUAUUUAUGAUCACCUGACCUUCACCCUUCGUUGCAGCGCACCAACACGCCAAACGUCUCUUUAUUACUCGAUGACAGCUAUUUAAAACCUAAUAUAUAUAUUUGCUUGGUACAUAUUGGAUACCACACAUGGUGGUGCCUGACCGCUGGUCCAUUACAUUUAUACGCUAAGACACCUCUGUUGCCACGGUAACCUGUUUAUAUAAUGUGUUUUUUAGAGGUGUUAGUCUCUGUUGAGGUGGUUAUCCUGAUGUCAGAUCAGUGGAAUGUAAACAGAGGUUUUCUGGAUGCCGCGGAGAUGCCUGUUUUUCUGUGUGAAUGUCAGAAUAGAGCUCAACAGUGACGAACAGGAAGUACAAAUCCUCCAUUUCAUAUUCUGAAUGGAAGAUUUUGAUUAUUCGCCAAAAAUGUCGUAACCAUCCGAGGUGGAUGUACCUCCAGCUACGAGUUUGUGAAACGAUCUGCUCCUGUAGAUGCCACCGGUCCGUCUGAUAUCAACCUGGUUUUAUUUGUGAUGUCAUGGAAAGGGGCUACACUACCCACUACCGCCGUUUAGUCAGCGUCCCUCGGCAUCGGAAACCGAAGCACGGAGUUACCCUUUAGCGACAGUAUGUGAUGAAGCGGGCUUUCAACUAACUCCAGUGUAAACCCACCCGUGGCGUUAUUCGACGGUCGGAGCAGUGACGUAGUAUUAAUAACGUGAGAGUCCAUUCAGGGCGGGAGGGAAGGAGGGAGGGAGGGGAGGGAAGGUGGACGGGUGAAACAAACAAGACAAGACCUUCAACCAGGAGACCACUAUUGGUGCCCCGUGUGAGGCUGAAAGUAACGUUGACUUAUUUUGUCGCGUCUUUAGUCACGUGACUCGUCGGUGUGGUCAGUUAUGUGAGUCAUUAGUCAAUGAAGUUAACGUCAACCGCGAGCGAGCAUAUACUGACACGUCGUCCCCGGUCGAGGGGGUACCCCGUGUGUCGUUUUUCAAUGGCGAGGAGCACCGACCAAGCGGCGGUAUUUGACGAGUUGGGAGAGAGAACGUGUUGAACAGCGACAUCUCUGAUUGGUGGAGCUCACUGUUACCAUGGAGAUGUUUACUGCACCCGUGAACGGCUGGUGAGGGUAUGUAUCCACAGCUGCUCCGCGGUCUGCGCCGCGGUCUGCUCCUGGAUUUCACACCGUACUAACGUGGCGGCUCAUUUGGAAACUUUCUCUGAUAUUACAAAAUGUUUCAGAAAUAAGGCGUGAACGGUCUUCAUUUUAGAUCAACAGCGGUUAGUUUAAAUGUUUUUCAGAAGUUUCCAGAGGCGGCAAGUCGCCAUUCGCAAAGGUUUAUGGGAUGAGUAGUUCCUUCACUGGGGUUAGGGUUAGGGUUAACCCUAACCCUAACCCUCUUCAACAUAAUUAUCUACACAGUUUUGUACCUUUUUUUUCUUCCAUUUUCCAGUGUUUCUUUGGUCUGAAUCAAAUGUUUGAUGGUCACCGUUCGUCUCGUAGCUGGUUGGUUCCAAUAAAACUCUUUAUGGAAGGAUUUUCUGAGACGUUAAUGAAUGAAUUAAUGUGAAAUUCACUUCCUGACCCGGAGUUGUUCAAACACUGUUGAGCUCUACAUGUUGCUGCUCUUUCAUCAAAUCUGCUACGAUGUGAAAUAAAGUCACUGAAGUACUGUUGAGAGUGAGACCUCCUUCUGAGGUCAGCUGGAAAACAACCCAACCCAACACGGUCCUAGCCGACGUCAACGUUCACGAUCAAGAGUUCAGUUAUCUCUCUUUCAUUAGUUAAAGGAACAGCUUUCUGUUUAGCACUUUAAUCUGUGUCCAGGAUGUGUUUAGCCUAGCUUAGCACAAAGAAGCAGGAGGAACCUGCUAACCAGUGUAGCUACAACAACAGCUAGCACAAUCAAUAUCGCAGCAAAUAGUUAGCAUAUAGCAUAACAUCAGCUACCUACGAACAGCUAGCAUAUCACAUGUUACAGUGGUGACACUGUUAGCCUAGCUCCACUGUUAGCCUAGCUCCACUGUUAGCCUAGCUCCACUGUUAGCCUAGCUCCACUGUUAGCCUAGCUCCACUGUUAGCCUAGCUCCACUGUUAGCCUAGCUCCACUGUUAGCCUAGCUCCACUGUUAGCCUAGUUCCACUGUUAGCCUAGCUCCACUGUUAGCCUAGCUCCACUGUUAGCCUAGCUCCACUGUUAGCCUAGCUCCACUGUUAGCCUAGCUCCACUGUUAGCCUAGCUCCAUCAAAAUAGAAACCAAUCACCCUCCAGCCGCUCUCAGUGUGUGUGAUGUGUGAUGUGUGAUGUACAUUGUUGUUGUUUGUUGUGUAGAAAUAGAAUUAUGAAAGAGACUGUUGUUUCAGCGGUUAGCAUGGAAGCGAACGAUUGAAUGGUUUCAUGGGAUUGUUUUAGCGGUCCGUUCCACCGCCAACACGUUGGUCUCUAGCUAACAAAGGUUUGCUGAUUAGCAUCCGAAGUUGUGAAUCAAGGGUUGGGAAGUUAAUUUAAAUAUCUUUGAUAUGUGUACAUAAUAGAUUAGAUUAGAAUCUGCUUCCUGUCUCUAUGCUAAGCUAGGCUAAACACACAGAGAUAAAGCUGACAUCCGUCUUCUCAUCUGACUCUGGACUUUAAAGCUCUUUAAAGUCCCGGUCUGCUCCUGUAAAUGAUCCCAUAUGCGACUGCAACCGACUGUUACUGAUGUGAGAGUGUAUUUAAUGUAUAAUGUGUGUAUAACGGUACUGCUGCGUAGCCUUUUGAUGCUUCAUUAAACGUAGACGUUAAGGUUAACAUUAACAUUAA